CACUGCAGCUGCGGGGGGUGGGGCGUUGCUCCUGCCUCCGCCCCCCAAGACUCCCGUCUCCUCGCGCGCCAGCCGCCUGGGGGCGCCCGGCACGUGGCAUCCCCACGAGGUAUGUCCUUCAUUCCUCCCAUUUCACAGAGGAGAAAACUGCAGUUCGGGAUGGCUCAGUCGGCCCGUCCAAAGUCGCACAGCUGGUUCGGGCCGAGCCCCGACUUCGAGAGUGAGGCACAUGGCCCCUGCAGACCGGGCCUCGGAGGAUCCCAGGCUUGAGGACCCGUCGGCUCCCCAGCCCCCUUGGAAAGGCAAGGAGAGGAGCCUGCGCUGGUAGUGAGCCUCCACUUCUGCCCUUGACUACAACACUCUAGGUUAGGGUGCCGGGAAGGACCCCAACCACAAGUUUUGGAUAGGGUACACUUCUGGCUUAGUCAUGGCGAAGCUGGAGACGUUGCCUGUGCGCGCUGACUCAGGGCGGGAUCCCCUCCUGGCCUUUGCCCCGCGGCCCUCUGAGCUUGGACCCCCAGACCCUCGCCUGGCCAUGGGCAGUGUGGGCAGUGGGGUGGCCCAUGCCCAAGAGUUCGCCAUGAAGAGUGUGGGUACCCGCACAGGGGGUGGGGGCGGCCAGGGCAGUUUCCCUGGUCCCCGUGGCAGCGGGGCCAGCAGGGAGAGGCCAGGCCGCUACCCGUCAGAGGACAAGGCUCUCGCCAACUCCCUCUACCUCAAUGGCGAGCUGCGGGGCAGUGACCACACAGAUGUCUGCGGAAAUGUGGUGGGCAGCAGUGGUGGCAGCAGCAGCAGCAGUGGCGGCAGCAGUGACAAGGCCCCACCACAGUAUCGUGAGCCCAGCCACCCACCUAAGCUCCUGGCCACCUCGGGCAAGCUAGACCAGUGCUCAGAGCCGCUAGUUCGGCCUUCUGCCUUCAAGCCCGUUGUACCCAAGAACUUCCACUCCAUGCAGAACUUGUGUCCCCCACAGACCAAUGAGACCCCUGAGGGACGACAGGGCCCUGGUGGCCUCAAGGGCGGACUGGACAAGUCUCGGACCAUGACCCCAGCGGGCGGGGGUGGGGGCGGCCUCUCAGAUUCAGGCCGGAACUCACUCACAAGCCUGCCCACGUACAGCUCCAGCUAUAGCCAGCACCUGGCACCCCUCAGUGCCUCCACGAGCCACAUCAACCGCAUUGGCACUGCCAGCUAUGGUAGUAGUAGUGGCAGCGGCGGCAGCAGUGGUGGUGGUGGGUUGGGCUACCAGGACCUGGCGACCUCCGACAGUGGGCGGGCCUCCUCCAAGAGCGGGUCAUCCUCAUCCAUGGGGAGGCCUGGCCACCUUGGAUCAGGAGAGGGCGGAGGUGGAGGCCUGCCAUUUGCGGCCUGCUCACCACCCUCGCCUAGUGCUCUGAUCCAGGAACUAGAGGAGCGCCUAUGGGAGAAAGAGCAGGAGGUGGCAGCUCUGCGGCGGAGCCUGGAGCAGAGUGAGGCAGCGGUAGCCCAGGUGCUGGAGGAGCGGCAGAAGGCGUGGGAGCGUGAGCUGGCAGAGCUGCGACAGGGCUGCAGCGGGAAGCUGCAGCAGGUGGCCCGCCGCGCCCAGCGUGCACAGCAGGGCCUACAGCUACAGGUGCUGCGGCUGCAGCAGGACAAGAAGCAGCUGCAGGAGGAGGCAGCCCGGCUGAUGCGGCAGCGUGAAGAGCUUGAGGACAAAGUGGCCGCCUGCCAGAAGGAGCAGGCUGACUUCCUACCCCGGAUGGAGGAAACUAAGUGGGAGGUGUGCCAGAAGGCCGGGGAGAUUUCCCUUCUGAAGCAGCAGCUGAAGGACUCACAGGCCGAUGUGUCCCAGAAGCUGAGUGAGAUUGUGGGGCUGCGCUCCCAGCUGCGGGAGGGCCGGGCCUCACUGCGGGAGAAGGAGGAACAGCUGCUCAGCCUGAGGGACUCCUUCAGCAGCAAGCAGGCCAGCCUGGAGCUGGCUGAGGGAGAGCUGCCUACCACCUGCCUCAAGCCAGCGCUGACUCCCGUGGACCCAGCCGAGCCGCAGGAUGCACUGGCCACUUGCGAGAGUGAUGAGGCCAAGAUGCGCAGGCAGGCCGGGGUGGCCGCCGCUGCCUCCUUGGUCUCCUUGGAAGGGGAGGUGGAUGCUGGUGGGGAGAAUGGGACACGGGCCCUGCGGAGGGAGGUGGGGCGACUGCAGGCUGAGCUGGCAGCUGAGCGGAGAGCCCGGGAGCGCCAGGGAGCCAGCUUUGCUGAGGAGCGCCGCGUGUGGCUGGAGGAGAAGGAGAAGGUCAUCGAGUAUCAGAAGCAGCUUCAGCUGAGCUAUGUAGAGAUGUACCAGCGCAAUCAGCAGCUGGAGCGCCGGCUGCGGGAGCGCGGGGCCGCGGGGGGUGCCAGCACACCCACCCCCCAACAUGGCGAGGAGAAGAAAGCCUGGACCCCCUCCCGCCUCGAGCGCAUUGAGUCCACAGAAAUCUGAUCCCUGACCUGGGAUUGUGGUCUUUUGAUAAAUGCCCUGUCAAAGGCCAGAGUCUCCAGUAUCCCCUCCCACCAUCUCUCUUCCCCAUGCCAGUUUCCUCAUAUCCCCAGACCAAAGAGGUUCUCAAAGCAGCUGUGGCCAGAUCAGAUCCCUCACCUCCCUGUACUGAGUGCCCUCCCAGCUCUGCCAUUGCCCCCCUGGGCAGCCCACUUGGAUCUCCUCCUGAGGAGGUAAUGGGGAGGGCAGAGCGAGUGGGGAUGAAGGGUCCAGGCUCCCUUUGUUGACACACCCUUGUUGGAGAUAGAGGCGGCAGGCCUUCAGCACCAUGAGGUGCCCUAGCCCCUUGAUGGGUCUGAGCUGCUACUGUUGGCUACCUUGUGUCCAGUGAUGCUCUCUGUGCUCACCUUCUAGGCCAUGUAGCUUGAGGGGGCUUGCAUGGGGUCUGCUGAAACUGACAGACCUUGGGCUCCUGGCCUCUCUCCUUCCUGCACUAUUCUCCCUCCCUCUGGGCAGAUUGGCAGGACAAGUAGAAGCAGAUGGCCUGCCUGUGGUUGAGAGGGCUACCUGCCCAGCCCCUCCCCCCCAAGGUCUCUUUGGCUCAGGCCUCAGAGCUUGGCUUGGUCUUAAACGUGUGUCCAUAUGUGUGUGUUGGGGGAUGGAAGGGCUGAGGCUGGAGGCUCAGUGCCAGGGAAGAUCUGCCUUCCUGUUCCUGGGAAGGGUCACCUGGAGGCUUCCUAGCUCUACCCAACCCCCCUUUUGGCCAGGAUCUAAGGGCAACAGCCCCAUCUGCUUGGCUAACCCCACACCCAAGGCCACUGUCUGGCUCUAACUACAGCUAUUAUGUGCUACCUGCCUCUCAGGCACUCCCCUCACCCAGUUCCUGAGGUCAUGAGUGUCUGUAAUGUCUUCCUGUGUCUUCCCCAUUCUAUUCCCUAGCUUCAUGCUUUCAUGGUCAGAACAUCAUUGUCCCAGGCCACCUCUUCCCCCAAACCUCACCUUUUCUUCCAGUAGAAAAUUCUGCUUGAUUUUUGGUGCACUGCCCACUUCCAAGCUCCACUGGGCCCAAGCCUAAGCCUGAGGCUCUUGCUUUGGGGGCAGGUGUGGUGGUGAUUGUGAUUGCCCUUGAGGAACAGGCUGACCUGAAAGGAACAUUGACCCUUGGGUUCCCAGGGCCCCGAGGUAGCCCAGUGUUUGUCCAGGGUAGGCCUGGCAUGGCCAUCAAUGGGAGUUGGGACAGCAAUGUGACUUCCUCCUUUCUGGGCCCUCUCAGAGUCCAUCUUCCCAAGAUAGGAAGGGAAAGGCAAAUUUCUAAUUCACCAGCAAUAAAAAUUAGAGGAGGCUUGGGCCCUUAGUCCUGAUAUUUCUGUUUUUACUCUCUUCCUUCUACCCCCAAGACUGAGUUUGGGGGAAGGGCGGAGAGAGCUGGCAACUACUGUGAGCAAGUCCCCAACCCCUGACCAGCCUCCUCCCAUGACUGGUGACUGUUUAACAAGCUGUGCAUCCUCCACAAAAACAGGAGUGCCCCUCUGUGUGGCCUCUAUCCCUUUGCACAGCCCCUUCCCGUGGCCCUCACCAGAUUGCUGAACUGGUUUGGGGGCCAUCCUGGCAAUCACUGCCCAUUCCACUGACCCCUCACUCCACCUGCCCUCGCACCUGGGCCUGGGCCAGAGGGGCAGGGGGAAGAGAAGGCAUUAGUAGGGAAAAAAAAAGAAAAAGAAAAAUAUGAACAGACUCAGCUUUGGGACUUCCAACCACAAAAUAAAUUAUAUAUAAAUAUAUAUAAAUAUAUAUCUCUACCAUAUGUGAUAGAAAAACUUCAUUUUCUUUUCCCAAAGAAAUAAAAUGGAGAAUGACUCCUGA